AUAACUUUUUCCUCAAAACUCGAAGGCCCCCAAAAAAGGCAGCGGAGGGCUAAGAGGAAUCCAUAUAUCAUCCGCUGCUAUCGCUUCUCUUUCUCCCCUUCCCUCUUACCAUCUGGCCAGCCUCCCUUCCUAACCGACCCUGCCCGACCAUGUCAUCCGCGUCUCCAGUCUCAGCACCUCCGACGGGCAUGCGGAAAAAUGGGAAAAACUGGCAUGAUACCAAAAAGCCGUUCCGGCCUACUGCGGGCAUGACCUCCUACGCUAAGCGGCUGGAAGCACGCAAGCACCAGGAAGCCGUGAAGGAACACGAGAGAGAGUUGAAGGAAGAAAAGGAGGCCGAACGCAAGGCGCAUAUCCAAAGAAUCAAGGAUCGUCGAGCCGCCAAGGAGGAAAAAGAACGCUAUGAGAAGAUGGCAGAGAAAAUGCACCGCAAGCGAGUCGAGCGCCUGAAGCGCCGGGAAAAGCGCAACAAGUUGCUCAACUCAAAUGCUUCGGAUCAAACAAUCCCUGCAAGUAGAGCAGAAACAGGAGCCAUUAGCAGGGGCAUCCAAGGAAUCGUUGGGGUUCUCCUAGUGAUGCUCCCCUAUCCGUCCAAGCAGCUGUCUGCCUGCCCGCCACCGGCCCAUGGCUCUGGAGCUACGAAAGUUCCCAGUUCCCAGCCACCCGGCGACAGCAACCCGGUUGCGAGAGAGGCCCAGGUUGGCAGCAUCCAACCCCAUUAUGGCCGCAAUUAUGACAAAGUGUCCCAACUGUCCGAUCCGCACACACUUGAUGUUAUUGGAGAGCAACCUCAAAAUCAUCUUUAUCUGGCCUUCGAUGUUCCCCGCUUAGAUCGUGUGAAGUCCUCCAAUUCACGUCCGAAGCACAAACACAAACACAGUAAAUCCAGCGACAGCCGUCUUCCGCGGAGGAUGAACAAUAUAACCUCGUCAGCCGGGGCCAGGGGUCUCCUACCAACAUGGACCGGCAGUAAAGAAAAGAACCACGAUGCAGAUGUUAGAGACAAAGGAGAUGGUGGGCUGUAUAGACCAAUGAUGCAGGAAGCAAGCUUGUCCCGCUGGGGUUCAGAGUCGACCGCGGCUUUGGACACAGGAAGAAGAAUGGGCGGUUUGCUCGAAGGAGCAGAUCCGAACAACAAUGUUGGACCGAUCCGGCGUCAUGAGAUUCGCUCGAUGAAAACGUUGGAACAGGUGAGGAGCAGGCGGAAACGAGGAGAAGAAUAUCUACGGUCUGCUUUGUCACGGGUCGGAUCUCUCGCAACGGACAUUACUCGUAGACUGGAUUAUACGUACUAUAAUCUCCUCGAGAAGAUUGCCGCGCUGAAUUCGACCAUAUCUUCUUUCCAAGAGCUUUCCAGCUCCACAGCUGCCUUGUUUGAUGACUUUCAACGGGAGACAUCGGGCCUAGACCAGGAGAUUCGAAAGCAAAUUGGAGAAUUGAAAGAGUUUCAUUCCCAACUGGAAAGGAUCAAGGCUUUGGAGGAACGUAUGAAAACAGGAAAAAUCAGGGCUGAUGCACUUGGAAAGAGACUGGAAGCAAUGCGUCAUGAAAUCGACCGAUGGGAUAAAAAGGAAAUGGAAUGGCAGUCAUGGGUUAAGCGGCGCCUUCGAAUCUUCUGGACCGUGGUUAUAUGUGGCCUCCUUACAGCCUUGCUUGCCGUCACUAUUCGGAACUGGCCCACUGUGGUGACACCAAACCAUCCCGAAACAUUUUCGCAAUCACUAAUUCUGGCCAACUCAUCACACACAUUACCCCCAAGCCUGAUCGCGAACAAGUUCCAGGCAGCCAGAGGGACAAGAGGACGCGAUACUCGCUUAACUAUUCUCAUUGUCAUAGCAAUGGCCAUCCUGGGCGGAUGA